AUAAAAACGGAAUUGAAGGAUGGAUGGUUUUGAGGAGAAUUUACGGUGAUUCUUUUUCUUAGGAUUUUACGGCGAGCGCAUUCUUCGCUGGGGGAAUGGAGAAGAGGAGAUCCCUGCGGUUCAUCGAUCUCAACCCCUUCUAAGCUUCUCUAUCCCCUUCUUUUAAUCUUCGCCUAUAUCUCUUUUUGAACGAAGAAGGUAAAAAAGAAAAUUGGUGUUGACUGAAUUGUAUUCCUCAAAACAGGGUGGAGGCUCAUUACUCGCAAUUGUGCAGAUCCGCCCCGGGUUUCUGUGGCUUUUUGUUGUUUCUCCAGUUCGUAAGAGGAGGCUGGAAGAUGGAGUCGUGGAACGAUGGCAAAGGAGGUUGCAGGUGGUAGAAAUUCAGGAGGUUGAAAUGGUAGCCGAACGCCGGAGAGGAGGAUCGCUAGCUUCGGGGGAACAGAAGAAAUGCCGCCGCAGGAGGUUGUGCUCUGGUGGUGGUGAGGUU